UUUUCAUAAAUGCACAAUUAAUAUAAUUCUUUGCCUUAUAACACUACAAUAUAUUAUUUCAAUAUAUUCUUGAAACAUUUAUCUGCCUUUAUUAUAUCAAUAUAAUACGUAGUUAAAUUUCGACGUGAAUUUUGCCUCUAUAAAUCUUCAUAUCUAUGGAGAAAAUGCACGUGUAUUUUAAAUGUGGCCGAUGUCAACAUGAAUUCAGAAAAUUUUGCAUAGUAAAUGACAAACUCAGUUAAUUGAUUGUGGAGUUUCGACACAUUUUAUCAAGAUGAAGAACAAACCAGUUCGUCAUAAGGAAUCGAAUACCUUUCAGUUUAAAACAUUUUCUGAGAGAGUAAGUGAAAUUGACAUCGAUGUAUUUCACCGAGUUGCUCACCGAAAUGAGGAAGAUGACGAGGAAGUGGAAACAUACUUUCAUCAAACUCUUCAAAAGUGGAAUUUACUUAACCUCACGGAGGGUUACUGUAGCUUUAAAAAGAAAGUUCGUGACAUUAUUACUCUUCCACAGUUAAUUAAUCAGAAGCAAUUCGUGAUCGACACGUUAAUAGAAUAUUUGGAAAAGAAGGAUGUCCUAUUUCUUCAACCACUUUUGGAGUUAGUGGUAGCCGUAUCAAAAGAUCUACAGAAGGAUUUUUACGAACAUUUCCCUAGAUUUCUAUGCGUUAUAGUUGAUUUAUUGCAGACGAAAGAUACAGAGCAAAUAGAAUACACAUUUAUGUCAUUGGCAUAUUUAUUCAAGUUCCUAUGGCGGUAUCUGGUUAAAAAUGUUAAAGCUGUAUUCAAUCUGCUGCUACCAUUGUUAGCAGAUACACAGCCAGCUUAUGUAAACAGCUUUGCAGCAGAAAGUUUUGCAUUUGUGGUGCGCAAGAUUAAGGACAAAGAUUCUUUCUUAGAGACACUGAUGCUUACCUUGGAAGAAAAUCCUAGCGGAGUACCGGGAUGUGGAAAGUUAUUAUUCGAAGUAAUAUCUGGUACACCAGGGCAAUUUCAUUCAUGCGCCGAGCAAAUGCUUUCUUCGUAUUUCGGCAUGCUAAACACUGAAUCUGUUAAUCAAAAUCUAACGUUUAAAGUACUGAAAGAAAUUGUCAACUGCAUUAUACAAAAUAUACAUCCACAGAAAUGUAAUGUAUUCUGGUCUGUGUUGUUGAAUGUUAUAGAUGUGUCUAUUGAGAAAACGAAAAAGUUCCAAGCAACAGCUGGAAGAGAAAAAAGUUUGAUCUUAAUAACGCAAUUGCUAUGUAUAGCCAUUAAUUACAAAAAUGGAAGAUUAGUCGUAGAUCCUAUACCUCUUGUUAAAAAAUUGGCGCAAACUCUCGAUAUAUUUAAGAACGACAGUGAUGUAUUACAGGAGAUUAUAAAUGCAGCGGUUGCUAUUCUUUUAGCAGACAAUAUUAAAUUAAUGCAAGAGACAUCUAGCCAGAUAUUAAUGAAACUUAUGGCAAUUAAAGAUGUUAAGUUAUUACACGGAGCUGUUGAAAGUUUGAUGCAUUAUUCAGCGUUUGAAACUUCGAUAUUGCCUCAGAUAUUACGACAUACUGUUACUACCGAUUUUAAUAACGACAGUCUACAUUUGCUCACCAAAAUAGUUAAAGCAAAGGCACCGCAAUGUACUAAUGGUAUCAAUUUAAAUAAGUGGAAGAAGUACGUUUUAGAUAUACGAGGCGCCAAAUCUGAUAAUAUCAAUUUUUUGCUAAAAGAAUUGAAAGCUUUAUCGGAUAAUAAUAUACCAACUAAUGCACUGAAAGUAUCGAUCAUUUUACCACAUUUGAAACCUUUACCACAAGAAUUUAAAGACAUUCUAAAAGAAGGAAUAUCUUCCUUAUGCAAGAAAAUAUUAAACGAUACUAAUACAGAAAGCGGUAGAAAUAAACUAUGCUUCGCUUUCUUAUUAGUUUUAGAAUCAGCGAUUCACAUUUUCGAACCCGAAGUCCUGCAUCAGUUCUUGGAGACCUGUGACAUAAAAAUAUUGCACCUUAUAACUAAAUAUCCUGACAAUAAAUUGAUUUUAAACGCAGUUGAUUUAUGUAUAACGUAUUUCAGUACAUCGCAGCAACGAGAAAUGUAUGUAAAUCAAAUUGUUUUUGAUGAUUUGAAUAAUAGCAUCAUACAGAAACUGAGUUCGCCUUUCAGUGAGGUUCGUUUAAUCGUAACUCACUUAUAUUCGUUGUUCUCCGAUGUUGAAGAAAUUGCAUCUGUUGUCGAUACUGGAAAAAGUGUCAUGGAACUUAUGUACUUGGCAGAAUGUGAACCAAUUACCGUACAAAGUUACCGUGACAGAUUGUUGCAUUUACAAAGUUUAGUAUUCGAAAGUAACGCAGUGGCAUGCUUGAAUCCUAAAUACCACGAAGUUCCGUUGCGGUAUUUGUUAGGAAAUUUGUAUAUAAAUUUUUCAUUACUAUGGGAACCCGUCAGUAAGAUUAUAGCUACCUAUGCUCUUAAAGAAUGUGAGCAGUUUUGGUCGAUAUUCUUGACUGAAUUAAAAUGUAAUUACGAAGGGACCAUAGAUCAUGCUCCGUUGUACGAGUGCGAUGUUGUUUCCGACAUAGAAUUGGCAAUACGUAGAAGCAAUGACAAACCAGACUAUGAAAAUCAUAAAAUUCUUUUGUGGAAGUGUAUGGCACAUUUUUCACAUUUCUGUGAGACAAAGAACAGAGAUUUGACCGUAUUGUUUAUCGAUUACGUAAACGAGAAUUUCUUUAAGUCAAAUUCCGAAGAUGCCAAGUGUUGCAGCAUUUUGAAGCCGCAAGAGUUAAAUACAUCCGAUGAUGUAAUAGAAACUGAUAUGCAAGAGAGUGAAGCAGACGAGAAUGAAAUGGACGAGAAAGAGGAAAAAGAAACUACAAUUUCUACAAACACAAUACCUAAAGAAAUAGAUAAGGAAAUUAAACAAUCGUUUGUCCCAAGAAGGAACUACAAAACGAAGCUUUUAAUUGCACAAUUGGAGAUAUUUGAAAAAGUAACGAAUCCGAAAACAUUAUAUAGGGAGUCAGAGGUGCAGAAAAUUUAUUUAGAUUUAUUAUCAUCGAAAAAUUCUGAUAUUCAAAAAGCUGCUUUAAAUUGUCUACUCAAUUACAAGCACAAAUAUCUUUUACCAUAUAAAGAUAAUCUGUACAAUAUAAUCAGCGACAAAAAUUUGAAAAAUGAAUUAACACGUUUCAAGAUUGAUAACGAGAGCAACAUGAUACAGAAUGAACAUCGAAAUGAAUUCGUACCUAUAUUGAUGAGAUUGAUUUAUGCAAAAAUGGUUUCAAAAACGGGAAUGAGGACUGGCGGCAAAGUUGGAGGAAGUUUGAAGCGAAAAAUGAUUUUACGUUUUCUAGCUGGCACUCAGGAAAAUGAAAUGAUUAUAUUUACAGAAAUGGCGUUCAAACCAUUUAAGAAGUACAUGCCUUUUGAAUUGGAGAGAAAAAUCAAUUUGAAACAACUCACAACUCGUAUAAUUGAUACAGUAGAUUUGAAUAAUGUUAUUCCACCUAAACGGUUGCAGAGUGCUGCAAAUUUACUUGCGAUUUUAAUUGAACAAUUUGGUAGCAAAAUGGCUCACAAGUUGUUGCCUUAUUUACUUGGUUUGGUAAUGUGUAUCCUAGCAGAAGUUACUGGAAUCUUACAAAAAUCGGAUAAAGUUCUAGCUGGUUACUUACCAUCCAUCAGAAGUGUACGAACAACUUGCAUCUCAAUAUUAGCAAGAUUUUUUGCUCACUUCGAAGAUUACGCAUGGAGCGAACAUGAAAUAGAUGCCUUAUUCAACGUGGCAGUAUUCCCAUGGUUGGAGAAACUACCCAUGGAGGGUAUUCACAGCCCUACACCCUUAUUAAAAUUGUUCAUGGCAUGGAGUAAAAAUUCUCGUUACUACUCGUUGUUUAUAAAACAUCGCGAAGAUAAUAAAUCUAUCAGUCCUCUUCCAUACGUUAUGCAACUUCUUGUAGGCCCAAAAACUCAUGCAUCUGUAGCUAAUGCUAUACUUGAGAUGAUAGAGAAAAUGGUAACGCUACAAGAUUAUGGGAAGACAAAUGAGAAUGAUAUGGAAACUGAUGCACCAUUCGUUCCUUUGACUCCUGUACUUACUAAUUUACUAGAAAUAAACGAAGAAGCUUCAUUCAGUGGCGUUAAUUAUGGUUCUAUCGUACUUCUUCCUCACGUCUUCAGUAUCUUGGAAUAUAUCAAAAGGAAACUUGGAAAGUCUAACAGAGGAGUGAACAAAACAGAGUUAGUCAUUUUAUCACGUAUUUCAGAGUUUGUGAAAGAUCCAAAUUCGUGCGAUACGCUCCUUACUCUCAUUGUACCGAUAUUAGUGAAGAGAGUCUUUAUGGGAGAUGGAGAGGAAACGAUCAUCGAAUUACUUACAACUGUUAUAAAUCUUAUAAAAUACAUGAAAAAGCCAGAGAUUCAUAUACGUUCAAUUUUACCUUUAUUGGGCAUAAUAUCAUCUACACCUGCUAGGAAACUUUUCUUAGAACUUUACAAAACCAUCGCUGAAACAUCGACGGAAGAUCGUCGUGAAACAUUGAUACGAAAUUACAAUGUAAUAUCCACGCUUAAUUCGUGGGAUCGCAGAUGGAUCGAUCAACCAGAUUUUCAAAGGAGAUUGGAUGCAUUUACUGAGAUUAAUAACGCGAUCGAAAAGGAUGAAAUUACGUUAGAGUUCGGCGUAGCUGUUAUUUAUAACUGUUAUUACUUUCUUAAAAAUGAGACAGAUUUAGCAAUGAGAGAUUAUGCAGGACAGUGUCUUAAACUUAUUGGUCCGAAACUGGCGAAAAAGUACAAGGAAAAUGUAUUAGAUAGACGCUAUCUAAUGGACGAUACAAUUUUAGCAUUGAUAAGGAAAGGAAUUGUUAGUAAAAACGAUGUUGUACGACUUGUAUCGAUAGGUUUCUUAGGAUGUAUGGCUAUGGAGUGUCCAGAAGUACAUCCUGUUUUGCGAGACUUGUCGCCAUUAACGAACAAAGUGGAUCCCGAAGUGGAUUUCUUUGAAAACAUGCAACAUUUACAAAUGCACAGAAGAGCUCGCGCAUUGCUUAAGUUUUGUAAUUUAGCGAAAACAUUGAAAAGAGCACCGAAUCCAAAAACAUUGACGCAAUUUAUUCUUCCUCUUGCUUCUUCGUAUUUGUGUAACGAAAGUUUCAUACAUAAAAACAGCAUCAUCGAUGCUGCGAUCGAAACAGUUGGAACUGUGUGUAGACUUUUACCUUGGCAUCAAUACGAGAUCAUCUUAAAGCAUUAUUUAGGGAAAUUAAGAAGUUCUAUCGAAUUUCAAAAGCAACUUGUUAGAGUAGUUGUCGUUAUCCUAGAUUCUUUUCACUUUAAUCUGUCGAAGUACAAAUCCGUCAAAGAAAUUUCAGAAUUGAGAAAUGUUAGAAUUACUAAAGGAGAAGAUAUAGUUCUUGAUGAGAACGAAAAGAAGGAUGAAAAUGAUACUGAAAAAACUAACGGUGAAAGCAUCGAUCAAGAAGUAGAGGAAAAAUUAGAAGAAGCUUUAAAUUCUGAAACUGUAGAGAAUGCACAAGAAGUUGUUGAAACAUUUGAAAAAGAAGCAGAGGAAGAUAUACCUGUGAUGGAAAAGCAAACGAUACUGUCACAGAAUGGAGCACAAAGAGUCGUGUUUAGUAUAUCUAAAGAACUGUUACCGCAACUUCAUCGUUCUAUUAUGGCAAAAACCAAGCACGACAGUAGUCACAAAAUUAAUAAAAAGAAGGUUUCAUUGGAAAACGAGGAAGAAGAAUUAAUGCGUGUUCCCAUUGCACUUGCAUUUGUUAAAUUAUUACAGAAAUUGCCUGAAUGCAUUCUCGAUACGAAUUUACCAGGAAUCUUUAUGAAGUUAUGCACAUUCUUGAAGUCACGUUUGGAAUCAGUACGACGCGUUACACGAGAAGUUUUACAGAAGAUUAUGAUAACUCUGGGUCCAAAAUAUCUUCAUUAUCUGUUAAGAGAAAUGAAUACAUUGUUAACAAAGGGUUUUCAGGUCCAUGUUCUUGCAUUUACGGUACAAUCGGUGCUAGUUGCUCUGAAACCGUAUUUUCAGAAAUUUGAUAUCAAUACAAAUCUCCAAAGUAUUUUAUCUGUAUGCAAAGUGGAUCUGUUUGGAUUAACAGCAGAAGAGAAAGAAGUAAUGGGCGUUGUAAAAAAUGUAGCAGAGGCGAAGUCUACAAAAAGUUUCGAUAUCUUCCAUAUACUGGCGCAAUAUAUCACAGAAUCUUGCUUGGUGGAUCUGAUUUUGCCAUUGAAAGAAGUGCUGAUGAGAACCCACUCGCACAAAACUGUGCAGAAAGUGGUGGAAUGUUUAAGAAACGUUGUAUUGGGUUUAGCUGAUAACGCUUUUAUACCAUUAGACCAAAUGCUGAUAUUCCUUUAUGGUAUAUGUACUGAAAGCAUCCCCGAGCUCGUACCUGAGAGGAAGGAGAAGCAGAUGACAGAGAAAGAAGCAAAGGCGCUGGCUAGACAAAAACCAGAUUCUUUCAUUAUACCGCCACAACCGAAAAAUAGAAUGGGCGUAAAAGUUGCUUCGAAAACGUCGAGAAAUACUAACGUUCACGUCAUUAUAGAAUUUGGUUUGAAAUUGUUUCACAUUUUACUGAAGAGAGACAAAGUAUCUUCUGCAGAGUUCAAACCUUUUAUAGAUCCAUUCGUACCGCUUAUGAGCGAUUGUUUAAAAUCUCAACAUGUCAAGUUGAGCACGUUAGCGUUACAGUGUUUAAAUUGGCUGCUCAAGAUGGACCUAUCUUCUGUUCAGGACAUAACCUCCGAUAUCUGUUCCUCCAUAUUCGGUAUAUUACACAAAUAUGCUGCAGCGGGUUUGAGCAAAGGAGAUAACUUUGAUCUCGUUAUGGCUGGUUUCAAAUGCAUGUCUGUAAUUGUUCGCGACGUGAAACAUUACACAAUCAGCAUCGACCAACUGAAAGUUCUGAUUAUGUACGCCGAACAAGAUAUGCACAGCAGCGAUAAACAGGCGACAGCGUUCGGUUUACUUAAAGCGAUAAUUGCUCGAAAGAUGGUCUUCCCUGAAAUGUCCGCGGUCAUGGAGAAAGUCGCUGCUCUGAGCAUUACGUCCGAAUUAGAACACGUCAGGCAGCAAUCUCGCUCCGUCUUCUAUUCGUAUCUGAUGGAGUAUCCCCUUGGAAAACAAUUAAACAAACAUAUAGCAUUUUAUUUAACACAACUUAGUUACGAGAUGCAACCUGGUCGAUUGAGCGCGUUGGAAAUGCUUUACAGUAUCGUUACUGGAUUUCCAUUAAAAGCUCUAAUCUUGAGGUCAGGCCUCAUAUUUGUAAUGGCAGGGGCGAGGUUGGUAAACGACGAGGAUCCAACUUGUCGCAAAUUGUGUGCAAAGUGUAUUAAAGAAAUGAUUACACGCUUGCCUCAUAAUAAUAGGAGUAAACUUUUCGAUAUAGUCGUGGAAUGGUUGAAAGAUUCCAAGAUGAUGCAUCGCACUUUGGCUGCCCAGUUGUGCGGUAUAUUUGUAACAGUAGAGAAAGAUACUUUCGAGUCUCGCCUGAAUGAAGUAUUACCCCUCCUAUUGAAACAGUUUCACGCGAAGUUCGACGACAAAGACGAACCUGGCCGUUUCGUAAAAUUGCAAACAACCGAAGACACCGAAUUAAAAUUACAAUGGAACAUCAAGGACCCAGAAAGAAUGAAAGAUCAUCACAUGUUUCAAGUCUUGCAGUUGUUAUUAAAAAUAUCGGCGAACUGCGCAGCUUUCCUCAAGAACGAAGAGCACAAGGAGACAGUCCGUUCCUUUGCUGAAUACAGUCAGCACUUGCUAGCACAUCCGCACACAUGGGUUCGUUUAGCAGCGUCUCAAAUGAUCGGUUUUAUCUUGGCUGCCCUCGAUGUUGACAAAGUCGUAGACUUCAUGGAGAAUCCAGAAAAACGCGAAACAGAAACCAGUUAUAUGUACUCUGAUCCUGUCGUCGUCAUAAGAAGCUUGACUUUGGAUUUAAUAGCACAAUUGCAACCUGACAUGACGUUCGAGGAUCUGACCGACCAAACGGUUAAAAAUUUAAUUUUUGUGGCAAGAAUUUUGAAAUCUAUCAAAAAAUCCGAUAAAAACGCUGAUGAUCAAGAUGGCCAGGUGAAAGAGAAAGACGAGAACCUAUUACGUCUUCCUUGGCUCGUUAAAAGACUGAGAAAGGCUGUGAACGUAGAAAUAACUCAGGCUCCUAAAUCGACAACAGUGCGAACUGCAUUCUUCAAAUGGGUUGCUGGUGCAGUCGUUACCAUAUCUAUGGAAUAUUUAAACGAGGUGCUUUUCAAUAUUAUGUCGCUCAUUAUACGGGAAAUAUCAAGCGCGGAGGAAAGUAAUACCUUUCUACGGCGGUUGGCGAAAGAAGCGGCCGUGAUGAUAAAAAAACGUUUAGGCAACGAAGAAUACACAAAGUUAUUGAGCAGGGUACAACAGAAGUUAGACAUUAGAAGAGCAGAAAGACGAAAAAUGCGAACUCAGCAGUUCGUUACGGAUCCGGAGUUGGCCGCGAAACGUAAAAUUGCAAGGCAACAAAAGAAAAAGGAAGCCAGAAAGCGGAAAAUGGAUACAAUGAAAGGCAAAAAAGUGACAAGGAAGCGUCGUAAAAAAGAAGUUGAUCUAGAUAUCAUAUGAACAUCCGGUUUAAAGCAAAUUCUAAGUGUACGAAUUGAAGUUAGUCAAUCAAAAAAGAAAUUCGUUAAUUUUUCAGAGAAUAAUACGAGGAUACAGACCAUUUUGUGGGACCCAAACAAUAUAUACAUACAUUUUUUUUACAUUGCGGAUUAUAGCCAAAGACUAUAGAUCCUUAUUGAAACAUAUGUAUAUUGUAUUAAGUAAUAAAUUAUUUUAAAUAACAUGACAAAUUCGUAGCUGGUUUAGUUAUACCAAAACAAAAUUUAGCUUCGUCUAUAUUUAUGUAAAAUACGUACCUACGGGGAUCUAACGAUCGAAGUAUUAAAAGGUGUAAAAAUAAGAUAGAACAUGUC